AUGAAAAGGUUACCCGACCUGUUAGUAGGAAUUUUGAUAUUUUUUGGAAUUCUUGCACGAGGAUUAUGUUUGCAAUGCUGGAAGUGUAUUUCGGAUGACUGUGAUACGGAUCCUAAACUCAAUAUAAAUGCAGUAAAAGUAGAAUGUAAAUAUGGAGAACAAUGUAUGAAGGUACGUUACAAGAUGUUUGACAAUGUUACACAUUAUGAUACUGUUAUACGAACAUGUAAGCAAAAUAAAUGUAUAACUUCAUCACGUGACGAGUUUCUCAAAUGUCUAUCAACACCAAGACUAUAUAUGAUUGAUGGAUGCUCUUUACGUUCAUGUUGUAGAGACAGAGACUUGUGUAACUCAGGAUGGAGUCCAUCUUUGAUGCCACUAAUCUGUGUGAAUUUAGUUGUGCUUCAUAGAUUACCAUUGACAUAA